GGGGAUGGUCCAAUUUCACCAUUGCUUACUACGGGCUGUAGGACGCAAUGGUGAGAGCUUAAAUUUCUCGAGAAGUUCAGAAUCUUAGUGCUCGCGAUAUCACCGUGGUUCUUGUUCCGAGACUAUCGGAAAUUUAUAUCCAGGAAACUCUUAGAUGUCUAUGCACGAUGACAUGCUUUAAGAUUCAAGCGAAAGUUAUUGUUUACACCGGGGAUCUUCUGACUAACUGAGGAGGCAGGAUCACACCACGACCUUUCUCUGAAACGUGAAAUUAGAUAGUGACCUCGAGAGUAGAUUCUCCAAGAAGAACCCACUCGCACAACAAAAGAACGAGAAGAGUCCAAAUUGUAGCCAAUAGCGCAUUUGAAAGUUCGACAGAAUUUAGCUUGAUAUGAGAGAGAGAGAGAACUGUUUCUGGAAGAUCAAAACUACACGAAGAAGAUAAGAAGCUCCGAGGAGUACGUUUCAUCUUAUGGAGAGAGACUUUGAAAUACGGCCAUUGUAUCAAGUUGAAGGACGAGCGAAGGGCAGAAUAGGAGCCUAGAGAUUGGUGGAUUUCUCGUGACGCAGUCUGUCUUGUGGGGUAUGGAGACCAGUCGAGCUCAACGAAUCCAGUAACGCUCGUUUCGGGGCCACGUCAAUAGCAAUGGCAACAGACGCUGUAACUAGUUUAGAACCAUCACCUUUCUCGUUCUAGUUACAGCGUCUGUGUGGGAGCUAAGUUCACUGCAGCAACGACACACCAUCCUAAAUCUUCUGGAAAAAUCGACAUCAGAUGCAGUAGAUCCUCUUGGACGGAACAGCCGGAGACUGCAUCUAGUAACCUCCUUCACCUUCAAUCUUCCGCAUCAAACCAACAGCAGCCAGGUGGACGUACGGGUGCAAACGCAACGAAAGUGAAACUGGAACUGUGUCGAAAAGCAUACAGGUCUGGAUUCAUGAUCGAUACCACGACUCAGAAACUUAGAAUCAUGACUGGCAGUCUUAUAAGGCGGAUUAGAAUGCUAAGUACCACAGAAGCUGGAGAGAAAUGAGUUGUUUGGAAGACAAGGAACACGAAGAAAGGUGUUCAGAUAUCGCAAAUCUUAGGAUCUAGAACACACGAUGUCCGAAGCAGCUGACAAUGUGGAAGUUGCAGAAAGGGUUCGGGAUUCCAAGCCACUGAAAGAUGAGGAAAGCGCAAUUUGUGGAGCUCCGAGAGCGAUCGAUGGAGAGAAGGAGAAGGAAGACCUGAAGGAGAUCGGACAUUAUGCAGUUGGGCGGCACAACGCUCAACAUGGAAAGAAGUUGAAGUUCGGAAAGAUAGUCUCAGGGACGAGGCAGCUGGUCGCAGGCACUCUCUAUCGCCUCGUCAUCGAAGCCACGGAUGAGGAAGACGGGGCUGAUGCCGCAGGCAAGCUCUUUGAGGCGACAGUGUAUCACAGGCCGUGGGAAAAUCACCGAUCGCUGGAGCAUUUCCAGCUUCACGAGCCUGCUGCUCAAGCUUGAUGCCUUGAAUUUCGUUGGGCGCUGUAUUCGGUGGAGGAGCUGCUGUCCGGAAUGGCACACUAAAUGACGAGGUGAGCCUCAUUCUGCUCUGGAGAAAUCUCAGGGGACCUUAGAUAUACCGUCAUUAUUUAAGCAAGACGAGAUUUGUCAAAGUUCAGCGAAUGCAGCACUGUCCUCAUAAACUGGCUCACACUCUUCACACGCUCCGUGAGAUGCCCUUGUUGUUAACAGUGACAGGAGAGAUAUUAUCGUGAUGAACUGUAAGACAAUAGUUUGGUUGUAGACGUCUGUGUUAGACAAAUAUUGAAUAAGAUAUUGGACAGCUCAAGUUCACUUCAGUGCUAUUAGUUUCUGGAUAGCCAUGUCCGUCAUCCUCUUUCGGGUAUGAUUGUCUUUGUGAAGUUCUCGCAAGUCUCUCAUGUUCUCGGUGAGAAAUUCAUUUCUGAGUUCGAGACUUUCGCUUCAGUGAUGCAUGUCCGUUGAUAGUGGAACUGCGCUAAUGUUGGCAGUCCGAUGACGAGGUGUGACACCAGACUUGGCGAGCUUUCCGUCAGUGUUGCAGCACUGGUCAUUUCCUAAACCGACUUGUCUAGGAGUCAGUUGUUUUAAUGUCACAACCACCACGUGAUUAAUCGAGUAAGCCAGAUUACAGCACAAGAAGGCUUUGCCCAUUGCUCCUGUACCGCCCUGCCAUUGCUGGAAGUAACAAAAUCACAUAUUCACCCAUUUUUUCACAAUCCGUUCGUUUUCCUUUGCUCUUCCUUCUCUAGAGCUUACUAGAAACU